AAGAAGAAGCGGUGGAGGGGGUGUGUACUCAUGCAUGUGUGCAGUUAGAGAGUGUCUGCAGCAGGCACAGACAGUUGGGCUUGGCCAGAGCAGAGGUGUUUUGCUUUGUUUGGAAAGCACUGAGACGGAGACAGCAACCGAAGUUGGCUGUUUGUGAGAGGUUCCUUGGAUUGCUUAUCCCAGAAGAAUCAGAGAGGAGGAGGAGGAAGAGGAGGAGCUUUGAAUUUUUCUUUCUUUUUCCUGAAGUGCAAAUCAGCGUGGGACACCUGAGCCUGCUAUGCCAGCUGAACUCUCCCACAUGGGGAGAAUGCAUGCCAUCUCUGAUUUCCCCUCCUCGCUGACAGCACGGCUUCUCCAAAAGGGUCCAGAACACCUUCGCAAGCAGAUGGAGGCAGCCAACCCUAGCAGGAAGAGCGCAGUGGAAAGGUUGGCAGCAGAUAAGGCCAAGUAUGUGAAAAGCCAGCAAGUCAUCAGCAGGAAGCAGGUGCCGGCCAUCACCCUCAGCUCAACUUCGGAGAGCAGCAGUGAGACUUGCUCAGUGGGAAGCAAGAAGAUCGAACUCUCAAGAGAGGAGAAGGACACGGCAGCCCAAGUUCCCAGGACCGCAGAACUGAGCCCGGCAGCCCGGCAGGGCAGUCCGCCCAUUGUGAGGCGCAACAGUGGUAAAAGGCAGAUCCGGCCAGAUUCCUUGGUGAUCUAUCGUCAGAAAUGUGAAUUCGUCAGAGGUCAAAGCCAGGAGAAUACUCGGGGGAAUUUAGUCCGGAGGUUGUUCCAGGGUUCCUUCAAGGAAAAGCAACUGCUUUCUGAGGUGUCCAAAGCAGUUCUCAAGGAAGAAACCAUUCCUGAAGUGGAAGGGACUAUCUUGGACAAAGACACAAGCCAUAGUUAUGAUCUAGAAGGACAGAAUUCAUCCACAAAGGCAAACCCAAUGCCCUUUCUGGUCAGCAGAUGCAAAACUGCCCUAAAUGUGACUUCCUCACCUUAUGACCUAAAGGAGAUGAGAUCGAAAGGUCUUCAAAGAUCUCAGUCGGAUAUCAGUUCACGAUAUUCAAAAUCCUUCUCUGAAUUUGACACUUUUUUUAAGAACUGUGGCCUUGCACCUGAGGUAAUAAAAGAUUUAGGCCAAGAGAAUUUUUCAGCAGCUUCAGACAAUUUCUCAUUCCAUCUGCACAGCAUCAGUGGGACAGCUUCUGAAAGUGAUUUCACAAGACACAGUGAUGAGGAUGGACUCCUGGAGGAAGAGCUCACAGAACAGGGGCCUAGUGGCACCUCUGUGGUUGAACGCAAUGCUCGGAUAAUCAAGUGGCUGUACAUGUGCAAGAAAGCCAAAGAGGCUAAUGUGAUGAUGCAGGACUUUGCAUAAGGACUGCUUCCUUCAUAGAGACACCCAGAAUAGAUGCAUUCAGUGAAGACUGAACACAACAGAGAGCGUAUUUACAGCAACCAUUUCUCCCUUACUUCUUCACAGAGGAGUAGAGAAUCUUUAUUGCUUCUUAAAGGAUGAAUUGAAACCUGAAGCUCAGACUCAAGAAAUGGAAACCGAUGCUCCUUAUUGUGGUUAUGAACAGAAAGCAAGAGUGAUCUUAAUUCACGCAUGGACCUCUUUUGAUGUACAUUUUAAUAACACAGCAGAAACCUAAAGUUAAUUGUCUCUGAGAGAUAAUUUCAUUGUUUCCAACAAUGAAAAGCAUAAUUUCUGUAUAAGAAAUCUUUGUGUAUCUGUGUUUCUGUGUGUAGUUUUGUGUGUGUGCGUGUGUGCAUGCAUGUGGGUGGGUGGGUGCACUGUAUGAAGAGUGAGAGAGGUACAUGUCCACUUCGUGGUUUGUAUUUAUAAGAUACUACACUGAUGGAUAUAGAUGAAUAUUAACUUGUGGAACAAGCUAAAUGUUUGGAAAUAAUUCUCUCCAAGAUUCUGGUUUUAAUUGCUCAGUUAAUGUUUACAGUGGAAUAGAUAUGGUCUUCUAUAAGUAUAGAAAGCUGCCUUUCAAUUAGGCAGAUUCUAUGUCUGACUGUCUGCCUACUUACCUACUUGCCAACCUAUCAUCUCAGUAAUAAUUGAGAUGACACAGGAAGCCAUAAUAGUGAUUUUUGCCUGGGUUGAGUAUGUUGUGCAAACUCAGAACUCUGAGUUUGUGGACCUUAGUGCAAUGCUUGAACUGCAAAGGGCUUUAAAAAAAAAAACAACAUUGUGCCAGUACUGUCUUUAGCAAUUUGCACCCAUUCUAGGAUUUCAGAAAAAAAAACUUUGUGGCACUGUCAUGGGGUUUACAGCACAAUUGCUUGACCCAGAACCCUUCCUUCCUUUCUAUUACUUUAGAGUCCUAAAAAAAAUCACCCCAAAAGGUUCAGGAUUGUCUCAGAUUAGAAAUAAUGUCAUCCCAGAGCUGCAACUCGUAAUCCAAUCCCAUUUCUCAUGUCUGCAAAGUAAGACGUUUGUCUUGUAUGCUAUAUUCAGUUUUAAUGUGCCAUGGUACUAAACAGUCGCCCCCCCUCCCAAAUAACGGAAUGGUGCUCAUUAUUAUAAAAAAAAGCAUUGCUUUUUUUUUAAUGGUACAAGUAGGUUGCACAGGCAGAUGCCUGGUUUAACCAAGCCGGCGGGCAUAGAGCUGUCUGGGGUUGUUAAAAUGUCUUUGAGAAGAUGGUUUCUGACUGUGGUUUUCCAGGUCUGUUUCUUUGCCACCCGGGAAUCGCUGGCUGUCAUUUCUGUAAGAGCAAGCAAGUGCAAACAUGUCUUUCUCUGCUCUUUCAGAAAAACGGCCUCGUUGGCAUUCAUAUAUAGCAAAUGGCCAUAACUGCCUGCCUGCCUGUCUGUCUAUCUUCUAUCUCUGUUUAUCUCUGUUUAUCUCUAUUUAUCUUUAUCUACCUAUCUAUCUAUCUAUCCGAAAGAAAGAAAGAAAGAAAGAAAGAAAGAAAGAAAGAAAGAAAGAAAGAAAGAAAGAAAGAAAGAAAGAAAGGUAGCAAAGCUGACACUGAAUAACCAAACUUAACUGCAGUCAAAAAUCAAAAUUAUUUUUUCUGCCUUAGAAAAUGUGGGGCAGUUCUUACCAGGAAAAUAAAGAGUUGUCUGAACUUUCCUCAUUCUUCAAAGGUAACAGCCCUUUUGUCUAAGGCUGGCAUGCACGGACUGGAAAUCAGGAACCGUUUCGUGCUAACACAAACCCAUCAUACUCCUAUGGUGGAAAAAGGUCCGUCUGGGAUUUGUCAUUCUCCUGCAAUAUUCCUGACACUGUUUUGGGUUAGUAGCGAGCAAAUACAAAAAGAGAUCUCUUUUAAAAGAUUAUUCUCACUGCAGCUCCAUACAAUAUAUCUUUUUCUUUCUCCGUCCCCCCCGAAAUCUACUAGUUAUGAUAGUUUUGCAGGGUUGGAAACAGACUGUCCCUAGAUUCCAGCUAUUGGGGACCAUGAGUUGCACUCAUUUCUUUCAGUAAGUUUUACUGCAGUGUGUGAAUGCAGCCAAUAUGCUUUAUAAACCUUAUGGCACAGUAACACAAAUCCGAGGGCUGCAUUGCACUUUGUGAAGCCUGUUGAGGAAGGGUGGGCAAGCUACAGUGCCUUUACGACCUGUGGACUUCAACUCCCAGAAUUACUGAGCCAUAUGGCUGGCUCAGGAAUGCUGUUAGUUGAAGGCCACAGGUCAUAAAGGGGUCAUGGUUGCCCACCCCUGCUGUUGAGCAUUAGGGCUUGGGGAGGGUGGGGUUUCAGAGUUUUUUUUAAAAUUGAAAUUAGAUGAGCAUCUACAAGGAAUUUUUUUUUUCUCCUUCUGGCUGACCAUGUCAGAUUCUUAGUGACUGCAUGGAGAAGCCCUGGCAGUUUUCUUGACAAAGUUUCUCAGAAAUAGUUUGCCUUUGCCUCCAUCUUAGGGCUGAGGGAUGAACAGGCACUCAUUUUCUCCUUAAACCCCACCCCCCAAACUAUAGGAGACUCUUCCACUCUGUGAGAGGCAUCUCUAGGGGCCCUAAAGGCCAUAUUUUCAUACCUAGUUUAUUGCUUAAUAUUGUGAAUAAAUACAAUCACCGUGACUGAUUCAAGAAACCAUGGUUAAACAAAUCAAGGAUUAACACAUGAGAACAUUUAGCCCUGUGGGUUUCCAGAAGUGAUUGAUUGAUCGUUGAAUCCAAGUUUAGAUAGAUAUUUGUUCUGGUCCUACAAAUAUUAACUUUAAUAUUGAUUAGUAUAAAGUAAUAUAUUAAAAAACACUCCAAAUUCCAUUUGUUGCUGCAACCCUUGCUUUUUCUUCAGCUCUUACUUUCCCUUCACUUGCCCCCCUCACCCCCCUCCUUGCCACAAUGGCUGAGCUUGUUCUUAAUGUGUGUCCUUUAUAUACAUACACUUCAGUCCCCACCACUGAAAGAUUGCUAAUCCCAAUGGGUAAGAGAGCUCUGUUUAUGUAGAUCUGCAUGCAAGGAUCAGAAAUGAAAUAUUUUUUAUUUUAAUUUAUUCUGGGCUUGGGAAGCUAAGCCAGCACUUAAAGUGCUAAUUAAUAGAGUAUAUUGAUGAAAAAAAAUAUGCUUGGUGAACAGUAAGCGGCUAUUUUGCUUUUAGUAAAUGCAGCCCAUUUAAUGCUCUGGAUGUUUUGAUAAUAUUAAUGAGGCAUUAAAAGAGGUGAGUGUGGGCUUUGUAAGAGAUAUAUCAUGAGCAUUUAUUUGUCCAUUGCUCUCCAAUCUGCUGUUAUCUGCAAAAUAUGUCAUGUAAUUGUAUUUUAAGCUUCCUGCUGAAAAGUCUUUGUGAAACCUAUUUUUUUCACUGUAAUGAGGUUUGUCACAAAAAAAAUAAUAAUAAUGCUGCUAACAUGGAAGAAAAUUAUUACUGCUGUGUGUGUAUGUCCUUAUAGUAAUGUGUCAAAGUUGCUGAUCCAAAAGGAAACCCACUGUACUUUUGCAUUCUUUGCAGAGUAUGAUAAGUUAUUUCGUUAAUUAUUGUGAAAAGUAAAGGACAGAAAAAAAUCCUCCUUUAAACUUUACAGCUAACAUGAUGACAGUCCCCUAAAAUAAUGAAUUAAUUUGUGUGGAAAAGUUCUGCAUGAUUAAACUAAACUAGGAUUGGUCAAGAAACAAUUAUAACACUUUUAUGAAUUAAAAUUUAUCACAUUAAAUUAAUGCAACUGUAAACUUUAUAAAAUAAAUCUGUUUCAUUGGGAACAAACAAAAAGCAAAAUCAGAUUUAAAACCACAUUUUUAAAAUGAAAAGAUGAGUUUGCUUACUUUCACAUAAUUCCUAAAAGCUGGAAUUCAUUUUGAGACAACAAAACAUAUUGCUUGUUCCAUAUUUAAUAUUUUUCCUCAUUCAUUUGUUCAAUAUGUCAGCAACUGCAAGACCUGAAAGACUAUGUUUGGGACAAACUGUAGAGAAAAACUCUCUUUAUGGUUGUUAGGUGUAGACACAAUUUGAAGCACAUCAUCAAUCACAGAAAAUCCUGAUUAAAUAAGAUUACAGCAAGAGUA